CGCAGUCGUAGGCUGGGGGGGGCCGGAAGUGGUCAGGGGGGAGUUGCAGCUGGAGUGAAGCCUUCUCAGCUGGGCGGUCUGGGGCCCGUCUCGCCGCCGGCCCAUCGCCUCCCGGAGCCGCAGAGCGGAGCCAGCCGCGGGCAGACAUGGAUUUCCGGGAGAUCCUGAUGGUGGCGUCUGAGCAGCAGGGGCUGAGCGCGGUGUCGAAAAGAUACAGUUUGGCAGUAGGCCCUCCCAAAAAAGAUCCAAAAGUCAAGGGCGUCCAUUCUGCAGCAGUGCAAGCUUUUCUGAGACGGAAAGAAGAAGAAAGUAGGGGGAAAGAACUAGAGGCAAAAAGGAAGAAGGAGGAACUUCUAGCUAAGCGUAUUGAACUGAAACAUGACCGAAAAGCAAGAGCUAUGGCUUCACGGACAAAGGACAACUUUUAUGGCUAUAAUGGCAUUCCUAUUGAAGAGAAGCCUAAAAAGAGACAGACUUGUGAAAAUGUCGAUCGAUGCACAGAUGCAGAAUAUAUGACAGAAGAUGAGGCAGAGCAAUUUGAAUACAGUCAGACUGAAUCUGAGCAUGAACCAGAGGAAUAUGAAGAGAAACCAUCCAAAGCUGCAGUGAAACCAAAGGCACCUCCCAAAAGUGCCCCUACCCCUAUGAACUUUGUAGAUCUUCUGAGGCUGGCUGAAAAAAAACAGUAUGAACCAGUAGAAAUAAAAGUAGUGAAAAAGACAGAAGAAAGGCCAAGAACAGCAGAAGAAUUGAGAGAGAGAGAAUUUUUGGACCGGAAAAACAAAAAAGGGGAAAUCCAGAAAGAGAAGAAAAAACCUGAAAAAGAGAUUAAGAAUGUAACUGCAUCAAAUUCUUCAAAUAAAGUGUUUUCUCAGAAAGACUUUAUAAAUGCAAAACUUAGCAAAAACUCAGUGGAUAAACAUUCCUCUUCAAAAGGUAGUUUCCCCUCUCAGUGUGGUGCUGAUAAGAAAUCCAGUGGGCCUGUGUUUAGCGACAAACAUGCAAGGUCAUCAUCUUCCUCCAAAUCCAGUCAAGUGGAAAAAGCAAAAGUCACACAAAAUGGAUCUUUAAAAAGCUCAUCGAGUGGCAUCCAUAGUAAAUCUUCAGUCAAUGGAGUAGGAAAAUUUGGGUCAAGCACUCAUACACCAAACGCAAAAGCACCUGCUAAUGGGGCUCAGAAACUACAAUCUGUUAAAGAACUUAGUCUGAAAAAAUCUACUUCUGUCCAUACAAAACUGGGUAGUGCAACAUCCCCUCAGCAUGAAAUAGUUAAAAAUUCCAGCUCUGGGCGGCCGGGGAGCAGUGCGGGGUCGAGCGGGCCCGGGCGGCCGGGNGGUAGGCUGGGGAGCAGUGCGGGAACAGGCGGGCCUGGUAGGCCAGGGAGCAGUGCGGGAAUGGGCGGGCCCGGACGGCUACCCAGCAGUGCAGGAACAGGCGGGCCUGGUAGGCCGGGGAGCAGUGCGGGAAUGGGUGGGCCCGGGCGGCUACCCAGCAGUGCAGGAACAGGCGGGCCUGGUAGGCCAGGGAGCAGUGCGGGGACAGGCGGGCCCGGGAGGCUGCCCAGUAGUGCAGGAACGGGUGGGCCGGGGCGGCCAGGGAGCAGUGCGGGGAUGAGCAGGCCGGGGAGCAGUUCGGGGAUGGGCGGGCCCGGGCGGCUGUCCAGCAGUGCGGGGACGGGCGGGCCCGGGCGGCCGGGGAGCAGUGCGGGAAUGGGCAGGCCGGGGAGCAGUGUCAGGAUGGGUGGGCCCGGGCGGCCAGGGAGCAGUGCGGGGAUGGGUGGGCCUGGGCGGCCGGGGAGCAGUGUGAGGAUAGGACCUGGAAAGUCAGUCAAUUCAAGCGUGGAACCUGGGCGACCAGGCAGCAGCUCAGCUGCACCUCCAAAACCUAAGUGCACUGUUGUAUCAGAAACAAUCUCAUCUAAAAAUUUAGUCUCCAGACCAAGUAAUGUACCAAUGAAUGGAACGAGACCUCCUCCAGGGCAUAGACCAGUGUUUCAUCCACAAGGUCUUCCAAGGCCUUCUCUUCCACCUAUAAGUUAUAAAAGGCAAAUAGAAGAUGAUGAGGAAUAUGACUCUGAAAUGGACGAUUUCAUUGAUGAUGAAGGGCAACCCCAGGAAGAAAUAUCAAAACAUAUUCGAGAAAUAUUUGGCUAUGAUCGGAAUAAAUAUAAAGAUGAAAGUGAUUAUGCCUUACGUUACAUGGAGAGCAGCUGGAAAGAGCAACAAAAAGAGGAAGCCAGGAGUUUGAGACUUGGUGUCCAAGAGGACCUAGAAGAGCUGAGACGUGAAGAGGAGGAAUUGAAACGUAAGAGGCAGGCAAAGAAGCUGAGGACACGUUAACUGAUUUACAGUGGUUUUGUUCUGUUUUUCUACUGUCCUGGUCACCCCUUUGCCUCAAUAUUUCAGCUCCUCUUAUACUAUAACUUUAGUUUUUAUUUGCUUAUUGGUGAGCAAGAAAAUAUGUAAAGGGAGGAGAGGGCAUAGAAAAACAUGGCUUUAGUUUGACCCUAAAAUAUUUAUUUUUAAUACUUGCCAGGGUUAAUUUUUUACAAAAAGAAACUAAUGCAGAUUUUUGGAAUAAAAGCUAUUAAUGAAUGUUUCCAUUGACUAAAUUAGUUCAAAAUGCCAGCAGAAAUAUUGACUAACUAUGCACUGGCUUGCAAGAUUUAUGUGGGCCCAUACACCAGUAAAUCAGACUUGCAUUCUUCAUUUGACAUGUGGGGAAAAAAAGAUGAAUGCCAUUUAUGUUCCUUAGUUAUUUUUAAGAGAUAAAAGUACUGCUUUGUCUUAAAUCUCCAGAAUUAGGAUCCCUCAAAAUAUUGAAAUAUCUUCUGUUCAAAACAGCUUGGUUGUAAAUUUCAGCCAUUGCCAGUAAUGUUUAAAGCAAUAAAAUGAUGUGUUUUUCUGAUUUGAGAACCUUGUGUCUUAACAAAAAUAGUAAUUAAACAAACAGAAGAACCUUUAAUUUCUAAAAAAUGCUUGUCAUUCAUUAUACCUUGCAUUUAGCAGUGUGACCAAGUUUACAUUGGCAUUUUUUAUGUCUGGAAUGUCAAUGCCAACCGAUUUCAGUAAAACACAAAUAAACAUUUUUCCUGGAAAAUAGGAAUUUGCAACGUUUGUAUAUAACUAGUGCUUUUUAGCUCAAGCAAAUGCUUAGGAAUUUUUUUCUGCCCUGUAAAUCUUAAAAUUGAUCUUAGUUUCAUCUGUUUUUACACAUUGAGUGUACAGUACACUUUUUUGUUUUCUCUUGUAUUAAAAAUCAGGUUUUUUUUAAAUAUGAAGCAGUUAUUUAUGCAAGCAGUUCCAAAGUCUGGAAGAGUACAUUAGAAUGAAGUUGUGUGAAAUACAGAAUUUUCAGAUAUUUUUUUAUGAUCAAGCCAAGAUGCAUUUGCAAUUCCUCUGUGAUAUCAAAUAACUUUGCAGUUGUCAUGCUGAAUUUAACUAGUGAAUACUUCUGAUUUAAUUUUAGUGAACCAAAAAUUUAAAUGUAAUGUAUAUCAAGAGAGUUCCGCCCUCUAUUUUGAUGCCCAUAUUGCACCUUUAUUUCAAGCUAUGCACUACAAAGAUACGUUUCCUCUCAGUAAAUAAGCGUGUAAACAGUAGGCACAAAGUUCAUCUAAAUCUGCAGAGAUUGCACUCUGGGUUCACAGCCCUAAUCUAAUGAUGCAUUACUUUUUAUCCCACAAGCUACCAUAGUGUGUGGUCUCAUCAAAGAACCAGUAUCACUACUCUACUCUGCUUCAAGCAUUAGCUCUCCAUUAGUAGUACUUCUACCAUUAGAUCCUUGAACUGUUGCUAACCUCUAAUGCUAGAAGCAAUUGGCAAGUGUUACAAGGUUAUUGGGGGUAAGUGGAAGAGACUGGCCAAGGAAUAAGGAGGAGGUGGGGGAAGAGAAAUUGCAUGCAAAAUGAGUAGAUACACAAGGACGGAGGGAACUUAGCCUAUCAGAGAGCAUUUCUUGUCAUUGCUGUCUCCAGAAACACCAAUUCUAGCAUCAAAGUGGAAGGGCCAAUAUUGGCAGCAGGUGACCUGACUCACUGUAAGGAAAAAAAGGGACAUUGUCCCUAUUAUAAACUGUUUUGGGCAGUGGUGAAUCAGUCCAUCUUUUCAACACACUGCUAAAACGAAUGAACCCUUUGGAUAGUCGUUACAGGUUUGUGUAGUAGUAAUUGACAGAUACCCAAAUUAAGGUAAUUACCAGUGCACCUAUGUAUUUUUUUAAAAAGUGUGUAUAUUGCAUAGCAUAAAAACUGAUCCAGCUCUAUUGUACUUGAGAUAUCUCAAGUACAA